AUGGUCCAGCAAGGAAUAGGAGAAUGUAACAACAACGGAGAGAGACUAUGCACUUUCUGCCAAGAAAACGACCUAGUAAUUGGUGGAACUAUAUUCAUGCACAAAGACAUCCAUAAGACAACAUGGAACUCACCAGAUGGUCAUACAAAGAACCAAAUUGACCAUAUCAUCAUCAACAAGAUAUGGAGAAGUAGUCUUCUCGAUGUGGUUGCAAAACAAGGGGCUGAUGUGGGAAGUGACCACUCUUCAGUACUGGCAAAAAUCAAGUUAAAACUGAGGAAAUCAAAGAAAAAAUAUCAAAGACCACCUCCAAUCAACAUCCAAAAACUCAAAGAUACAAAAACCCUGAGAUCUUUUCAAUUAAAAAUCCAGAACAAGUUUUCAACACUUAUGGAACAUCCUGAUGAAAUCGAUAUGGAAACUUUUAAUAAAAGAAAGAAAAAAGAAGAAUGGAUUUCAGAUAAAACAUGGAAACUAGUAGAAGAACGAAAAGAGAAGAAAAGUAAAAUCUUGUCCACAAAAUCCAAGAGGCAAAAGGACCAACUCCAGGCAGACUAUCGGGCUAUUGACAGGGAAGUAAAGAGGAAUGCAAGAGCUGACAGAAAGGCAUACACUGAAAAGCUAGCUUAUGAGGCAGAACAAGCAGCUUCUAAACAAGACAUGCAGACCCUCUAUCGAAUUACAAAAACAUUAGCAGGCAAAUUUCAGUCAUCAGAGCUACCAAUUAAAGACAAACAGGGAAAUGUACUAUCAAAAGAAGAAGACAUACUGAAACGCUGGUAG